GUGACGACGACUUUUCUUUGCUACAGUUAGCUCUCCAGUCACAGCUAUGUCAGACCCCGUGGUCACUGCGUUCCUUACCAAGCAGCUGUGUGCCAAUGGGGGGCGGCUCCCUAAGGCCAGGGUGGCACAGUAUCUGGAUCUACCACAGGAACAGAUAGAGAUCAUCCUUCAGGAGGAGUCCCUGAGGUUUCCACUGUCCGGGGAUGUGGUGCUAGCCCAGAGUCCGAUCAGGCUCUGCCUAAAGUACCUGAAUGGGAAGGAGGAGCAGGAUGACUGUGGGAAGCUGCACCUUUGUUGCUCCUACCUGCGGGGUCGCUGCAAAAAUGGCAAAAAGUAAGUAGUAAUGGCUUUAUUGGUGUGGUGAACAAGUAUCCCAGUCAAUGGGGUCAGAAUAGGACUGGAUCAAUAUCAGCUGAUACUGGGCUAUCCCAAGUCCUGGGAGAAAAGUGCCUAGAUCCUAAUUGUGGACUAGAUAUCAUGAGAGGGUUUCUAUUCUAAUAACAGCAUCGAAGGUCCACCUACCCAGUGACUAAGGAGAAAUGACCCUCAGUACAAAAGUACAGACUAUACCUGGGGGACCUGUGGCAGGAGAAAUUAG